GGAGCUGCGCCUCGCGGUUGUUGCCCUGAGGGUGGCCUGACCUCGCUGGUGCGAGUCGCUCCCUCCUGCGCUCACCUGUGAGACAGGGUCUUGCUAGGUCGCUCGCUCACAUUAGCGAAGAACGUGUUGUCCUCCUGUGCCGGCCUCCCAAAGUGCUGGGAUUACAGGCGUGCGCCAUCUCGCCUGGCUAGGAAAAGAUUUUGACUAUGCAGACAUUCUUUAAACUUGUGACAUAAUAUACGCAGAACAUGAAACUCGCCCUUUCGGCCCUCUUUUAGUGUGUAAUUCGGUGGUACCUUCGUUUUCCUUUUAGCGUCUUAAAAGGGCAGAGGCAAUGGUGCCCCGUCAGGUGCCCAGAUGGUCCGCAUGGAUCUUCCAGGCCACUCCAGCGUGGCGGAGGACAACCUGCGCUCUUGGGGCCUCGGUGGGACAGCAGAGGUGGCCGAGGUUCCCCUGGAGAAUGUGCCGCCCUCUGGCCUUCAGAGGCUGCUGCUCCACGGUCCCCCGUGUCCCCGGAGUGAUGCUUACCUCCGAGCGCUACCCUGUGCAGCGGCUGCCCUUCUCUGUGGUGUCUGAGGAGGACCUGGCCGCCUUCGAACGCAUCAUCCCGGGCAGGGUCAUCACAGACCCGGAGGAGCUGGAGGUGGCCAACGUGGACUGGCUGAAGAGUGUCCGGGGAUGUAGCAAGGUGCUGCUGAGGCCCCGGACCACGGAGGAGGUGUCCUGCAUCCUCAGGCACUGUCACCAGAGGAACCUGGCUGUGAACCCGCAGGGGGGGAACACAGGCCUGGUGGGGGGCAGUGUCCCCGUCUUUGAUGAGAUCAUCCUAUCCACUGCCCUCAUGAACCAGGUCAUCAGCUUCCAUGACGUGUCUGGAAUCCUAGUCUGCCAGGCGGGUUGUGUGCUGGAGCAGCUGAACCACUAUGUGCAGGAGCGGGGCUUCAUCAUGCCACUGGACUUGGGAGCCAAGGGCAGCUGCCACAUCGGGGGCAAUGUGGCGACCAAUGCGGGUGGUAUGCGGUUCCUGCGCUAUGGCUCGCUGCGUGGGACUGUCCUGGGCCUGGAAGUGGUGAGCUGGUACCAAUUUGGGCCGAGCUGUGGAGGUCCUGCAGGCUGCUUUUUCAGGCCCCAGGCCUUCCUCCAGCAGCUGGACAAUGAGCUUCUCGGAUGUGUGGUGAUGGUCCUGGCUGAUGGCACUGUCUUGGACUGCCUGACCUCCCUGAGAAAGGACAACACCGGCUAUGACCUGAAGCAGCUGUUCAUCGGGUCAGAGGGCACCCUGGGGGUCAUCACAGCUGUGUCCAUCUUGUGCCCUCCCAGGCCUAAUGCUGUGAAUGUGGCCUUCCUUGGCUGCCCAGGCUUUGCUGAGGUCUUACAGGUCUUCAGCACCUGCAAGGGGAUGCUGGGUGAGAUCCUGUCUGCAUUUGAGUUCAUGGAUGCUGAGUGCAUGCAGCUGGUCAUGCAGCACCUCCACCUGACCAGGCCAGUGCGAGAGAGUCCCUUCUAUAUCCUGGUCGAGACUUCGGGCUCCAGUGCAGAUCAUGAUGCGGAGAAACUGGAUGGCUUCCUGGAACAGGCCCUGGGCUCUGGCCUGGUGACUGAUGGCACUGUGGGCACUGACCAGAACAAAGUCCAGGCACUGUGGGCCCUGAGGGAGAGGAUCACAGAGGCGCUAAGCCAUGACGGCUAUGUGUUCAAGUAUGACAUCUCCCUGCCUGUGGAGCGGUUCUACGACCUUGUGAUUGAACUGCGUGCCCGCCUCGGCCCGUGCACCAAGCAUGUGGUGGGCUAUGGCCACCUGGGGGACGGCAACCUGCACCUGAACGUGACAGCAGAGGCCUUCAGUGCAGCGCUGCUAGCCGCCCUGGAGCCCUACGUGUACACCUGGACGGCCACGCAGCAGGGCAGCGUGAGUGCUGAGCAUGGCUUGGGCUUCAAGAAGAAGGAUGUCCUGGGCUACAGCAAGCCACCCACCGCUAUGCAGCUCAUGUGGCAGCUCAAGGCCCUGCUGGAUCCCCGGGGCCUCCUGAACCCCUAUAAGACACUGCCCGCCCAUGCCUGACUAGCCUCUGCCAACUUUGUGGGGCAAGGCUACGGCUCCUGGGAGCAUCCACAGGCAGCUCUGCUGAUGUGGAUGAGCUGAGCCCCUGCCACAGUUCCCUGUGUCUUGUGCCACAGGGCGGGUGACCAUGGUCAGGUCUGAGCCCUAGGGACAGGUGUGCACAUCUCCCCUUUUCUGGAAGACCUGCCCAGCAGGAUGGCCAGGUCUGGUGGCCUGGUGUGGUUGUCAUGGGUUCUUUAGGAGGGGAUGAACACCCUGCCCCUCUUCAGCCAUGGCCUAGGAGCCUUACUGAGGUGCCUGGUUGCCUUGUAGCCCUGCCAUCAGGGAGGUGGCACAUACUCUAUGAUGAAUUUGCAGUAAAGGUGACUCAGCCACAAC